GGGGCAUGGGUGGAGGUAUAAAGGGAGGAUGUGUUUAGGGGACCCGCAGCAUACUUACGCCAGCCGCCACCUUCACCUCACCUCACCUGCCGCCCUCCCCGCCCCGCCAUGGCCUCCUGGACCAGCUUGGCGCUGUUGUCCGCACUCGCGGUUAGCGCGCUGAGUUCGCCACGGCCAGAUGAUAAAGAGUACAAGAUUCCCCAGGUGGGCACGGGGCGCCGCUCCCAGUACUAUGUUCUGCAUAAUGACGGCACCUUCAAGUACGGCUACGACACGGGCGAGGGCGCCUACGAGGUGGCCAAGCAGAAAACACCUCGUGUGCAACACGGAAAAUUCGGCUACCGUGACCAGGAUGGAAACGACGUUCGACUUGAGUAUCAGGCUGGAGAGGGCGGAUUCCAGCCCAGUGGCACCCACAUCCCUUCCGCCAGCCCUGAGUUUUACGCCGCCCACGCCGAGGCCCAAGCCCGCCCGCCCUUCCGUGACCCACUUGCCGAUUCCAAUACUGACGCUUCAUAUGGCUUCCGGUUCGCCGAGGACGGACUCUCCCGCACCGAGCAGAGUGACGCCGACGGGAACGUUCGCGGCUCCUACGCCUACACGGACGAGGAGGGAAAAACCCGCUCCUACACCUACACUGCUGGCCGUGGUGUCGGCUUCGUCAUCGAGGGCAGCGACCUCCCUCAGGCGCCGCUCGCCCCUGGCGACACUCCUGCUUCCACCAGGCUCUCCUCUGGUGCUGGUGCCGCUGCCGCCGCCGCCGCUGCCGCCUCUUUCCGAGGAUCAACCUCCCAAACUUCUCAGGCUCCAAGUGCCACAUCAUUCGGAGGCUCAACCUCUUUCGGUGCACUCCGUACCGGAUUCCGUCAACCCACCGUUCAGAGCGGUGCUCAUGGUGGCUCUGCCUUCCGAUCUGCCACUGCUGUAGGAUCCUAUGGCUCUCGUCGCACUCCUGUGACUCAGACCAGUACUCAUGGUGCCUCCACCUUCCAUUCUUCCACUGCUUCUGGUGCCGGUGCCACUUAUCGAGCUCCCACAAGUUCUCAGCGUCAGUCUACCACUUUCGGCGCGACAAAGUACACUGGCGAACUUGCCAACACUCGCACCUCUCUUGGCUCAGACGGCAGCCGCUCCUUUGCAUAUGAAACAUCAAGUCAUUCACGAAGUGAAGCCGAAGAUUCAGACGACAACGUGGUGGGCAACUUCGAUUUCGUGGCUCCCGACGAUGGUCAGCGUCGUGCGGUUAGGUAUGAGGCCAGCAGAGACACUGGCUUCAUUGCUGAGGGUGCCCACAUUCCUGUUGGCCCAGCAGUGCCCGGCGCCCCCAGCGGCCAACCCACCGGAAGAAUCGUCCCCGUGCAGGAGGUGCCCUUCGUCGAUCCUCUGGCUGAUAGUGGCACUGACGCAUCUUAUGGCUUCGCCUUCGACUCCGAGCAGUAUUCCCGCUCCGAGACCGCCGACGCCGACGGCAACGUGCAGGGCACCUACACCGUGGUGGACGACGACGGCACGCGCCGUACCUACCGCUUCCGCGCCGGCAAGGGCAUCGGCUUCGAGACCGAGGAGGUGUCCACCUCUCGCGGCCCCCGGCCUUCUCGCCCAUCUACAACUGCUGGUUCAUCUUCAUUCACCAGCACAAGUACAAGUGCCACUCACGGUGCGGCGUCUCCCAGCCCUGUGGUCAGCUACUCGUCCCCUUCUUCCGGUAGAUUUAGUACGUCGUACAGGACGGGGUCCUCUACCGGGACAGGAGCUUCUUCUACAACAGGAACUUCCUUCGGAACGCGAACUUCCUUUGGUACGGGAACCUCCGCCGGUAGAGGAUCGUCUUUUGGGGCGGGAACUUCCGCCAGGACAGGUACUUCCACUGUAGGGGGAACAUCCUACAAGACGGGGGCCUCUGCCGGGAGAGGAGCAUCCUUCCAGACAGGAACCUCCUACAGGACAGGAACUACCUCCAAGGUUUCGCACUCAGGUGCCUCCCCUCUGAGGAGCCCAUUCACCCCCACGGCAUCCAGGGAAGUGUUCCCAGGAUUCCAGCUGCACCAGUACGACGCUACUGACAACAGCGACAAGUACGGCUACGUCCUGAAGUUUGACAGAUAAACAGACCGAGAAGUUCAGUACGUCAUGAAGACCAUUAUUUCCUCUGCGGCUCCAGCUCAACCAGACCCGCUUCUCUGACAUCCUCCUGACUCCAGGAGCUGCUGCUCUGGUGGCCACACGCGCAGACCACUGGGGGACACACCACAAAUACACGACGCUGCAUGCUCCACACACAUAUUUCACCAAGGACCCUGUUUUUAUGCCUUGUAUGCCACUACCACGCAUUUGCAUUUUCCGUGUAGCAACGAAGUGUUUUUUACUUGUUAAUAAAUAAUUCAAUUGA